AUGGAGUCGGUAAAACAAAGGAUUUUGACCCCAGGAAAAGAGGGGCUAAAGAAUUUUGCUGGAAAAUCCCUUGGCCAGAUCUACAGGAGGGUGCUGGAGAAGAAGCAGGACACCGGGGAGACCAUCGAGCUGACGGAGGAUGGGAAGCCCCUCGAGGUGCCGGAGAAGAAGGCUCCGCUGUGCGACUGCACCUGCUUCGGCCUGCCGCGCCGCUACAUCAUCGCCAUCAUGAGCGGCCUGGGCUUCUGCAUCUCCUUCGGCAUCCGCUGCAACCUGGGCGUGGCCAUCGUGGACAUGGUCAACAACAGCACCAUCCACCGCGGGGGCAAGGUCAUCAAGGAGAAAGCCAAAUUCAACUGGGACCCGGAAACCGUGGGGAUGAUCCACGGGUCCUUCUUUUGGGGCUACAUCAUCACCCAGAUCCCGGGCGGCUACAUCGCGUCUCGGCUGGCGGCCAACAGGGUUUUUGGAGCUGCCAUACUUCUUACCUCUACUCUGAAUAUGCUAAUCCCAUCAGCAGCCAGAGUGCAUUAUGGGUGUGUCAUCUUUGUCAGGAUAUUACAAGGCCUUGUUGAGGGCGUCACCUACCCAGCAUGUCAUGGGAUUUGGAGUAAAUGGGCUCCUCCUCUAGAGAGGAGUAGAUUGGCAACCACUUCCUUUUGUGGCUCAUAUGCUGGAGCUGUAAUUGCAAUGCCUUUAGCUGGCAUUCUUGUGCAGUAUACUGGUUGGUCUUCAGUAUUCUAUGUCUAUGGGAGCUUUGGAAUGAUUUGGUACAUGUUUUGGCUUUUGGUGUCUUAUGAGAGUCCUGCAAAGCAUCCUACUAUUACAGAUGAAGAACGUAGGUACAUUGAAGAAAGCAUUGGAGAGAGUGCAAAUCUUUUAGGUGCAAUGGAAAAAUUCAAGACUCCAUGGAGGAAAUUUUUUACAUCUAUGCCUGUCUAUGCAAUAAUUGUUGCAAACUUCUGCAGAAGCUGGACUUUCUACUUACUGCUUAUUAGCCAGCCAGCAUAUUUUGAGGAAGUCUUUGGAUUUGAAAUCAGCAAGGUUGGCAUGCUAUCUGCUGUGCCACACUUAGUAAUGACAAUUAUUGUGCCCAUUGGAGGGCAGAUUGCAGAUUUUCUAAGAAGCAAGCAAAUUCUUUCAACUACUACAGUGAGAAAGAUCAUGAAUUGUGGUGGUUUUGGCAUGGAAGCAACACUGCUUCUGGUGGUUGGCUAUUCUCAUACCAGAGGGGUAGCUAUCUCGUUCUUGGUACUUGCAGUGGGAUUCAGUGGAUUUGCUAUUUCUGGUUUCAAUGUUAACCACUUGGAUAUUGCUCCGAGAUAUGCCAGUAUCUUAAUGGGCAUUUCAAAUGGUGUUGGCACGUUGUCAGGAAUGGUUUGUCCUAUAAUUGUUGGUGCAAUGACAAAGAAUAAGUCACGUGAAGAGUGGCAGUAUGUUUUCCUGAUCGCUGCUUUGGUCCACUACGGCGGAGUUAUAUUUUAUGCAAUAUUUGCCUCAGGAGAGAAGCAACCCUGGGCAGACCCUGAGGAAACAAGUGAAGAAAAGUGUGGAUUUAUCCAUGAAGAUGAGCUUGAUGAAGAAACAGGAGACAUUACUCAGAAUUAUAUAAAUUAUGGUACUACCAAGUCUUACGGGGCCACAACACAGGCCAAUGGAGGUUGGCCCAAUGGUUGGGAAAAGAAAGAGGAAUUUGUACAAGAAGAAGUACAAGACUCAUACACCUAUAAGGACCGAAAUGAUUAUUCAUAA